CAGAGGGGAUUGGAGGAUGCACAGGCAACUUCAAGCCCGUUCUGGUGCAGAAGCUUCUUGCCUAAGCAUUUCCCCUCUAGCCUGGUCAGAUUAUGGAUAUGUGUUCAAGUUCUGCUAAGCAUCCUGUGUUGCUUGAAAAAACAAAAACAGAAGACAAUGAGGACAAAUCUCAAGUCAAGUUCCAAGAAAAUGAAUUUAUUCCCAAAUUACAGGAGAAUACUGUUCAUUCCCAAGUUAUAGGAGAAUGCUCUGACACUAGAAAAGAUCUCAGUGAUGCAGGAUCCUCUUCUCUUCCUACUCUCCAGAAAUUUCUUCCUACAAAUUAUAACAGUUAUACUAAGGAACAUUAUUCAUAUGCAGGCAAGAAUAUUAUUAUUCAAGAAUCAAUAGAGAGCUAUGGAGCUGUAGUGUGGCCAGGUGCUGUAGCUUUGUGUCAAUAUUUGGAACAACACAGUACAGAGCUCAAGCUUCAAGGUGCUACAGUAAUUGAAAUUGGGGCUGGACCAGGCCUUGUGUCAAUUGUGGCUAGUCUAUUAGGAGCACAUGUAACAGCUACAGAUCUUCCUGAUGUGCUAGGAAACCUCCAAUACAACAUUUUUGAAAAUACACACAAUUGUACAGUGCAUCAACCUGAAGUGAGAGAACUGGUGUGGGGGGAAGAUCUGGAACUGAAUUUCCCUAAGUCAGCUUACUAUUACGAUUUCAUUUUAGCUACUGAUGUAGUGUACCACCAUUACUUUCUGGAUAAACUGCUGACCACAAUGAUACAUUUGUGUCAGCCAGGGACAGUGUUGCUCUGGGCAAACAAAUUCAGAUUCAGCACAGAUUAUGAAUUUUUGGAAAAAUUCAAGCAAAUUUUCAACACAACACUACUUGCUGAAUUUCCUGAGUCAACAGUCAAGAUUUUUAAAGCAACACUAAAAUGGGACUAAAAUAAAAUAGGAAAAAAAAUGCAUCAUGUUAGUAUGCCUUUUGAAGCAAACACUGAUGCAUCAUAUUCGAGGCAAAACACAUAGAAGUACGUGAAAAAUUAAGUAAAAAGAAUUUAAGGAUGUAUAUCUUCAAAAUGCUUAUUAGACAUACUUAACUUCAGAAAUUGUUAUAGCAAAUUUUACGUCUAUAUAUGCAUAGAUACACAUAUAUACACACCAAAUUUUAUACUAAAGAAAUCCUAAGUAUUACAUAUUUUGAAACAGUAAUGUACACUUUAUAAUUCAUAUUCCAAGUACAAAUUCACCUUACUGAAUUUACCCUCACCCCCAAAUUACCUAAUCACAUCUAGCUCAUGUUUUUAAAACUACUGAUGAAAUAAUAUAGGGCAAAGGUAUUACACACACCAAGUUGCAAAUAUGUCCAGAAUAUGGUCAUCGUUUUUGAAACCUCAAAUUCAACAUGCUUUAAAAUAUGCAACUUUACACUAGAUUUGUGGUAUAAUGGACACAUGUUUUACAUGAUGCAUUUACUCAAUAAUCUUCUUUAGCUAAUAGCUACUACUAUUUUGAAGCCAUUUCUCUACACAAAAAUACCACUUACACAUUUAGCUGAAUAAAAUAAACAAACUGUAUAGUAUCACUUACAUUGUAGGGUGAGGUUGCAAGCAGCUUAAAACCCAAACUUUCCAGGUUUGAGAUUGCUUAGUGCAUUACUUUCAGAAUCUUUAUUAGGUAGGAUUUGAAACUAUUGCAUUCUUGACUAAUUGUUACUAUCCUUUAGUACUGACAUUUAAUAUUUUUAUAAUAUAUACCAAUGGAAAACCACUUUGGGGUUUAUAAAAACUGACCCUACAGUCCACUGUUGAGGAAGAUAAUUAUUCCAUAAUUUAUAUCAUAUUUGGCUGACUCUCAAGUAUUUAGUUCAAUCUGAAAUAAAUUAUUCCAGAUUACUUAAGUCACUUCAAACAUCAGGCACCUACUGUGUGCAAAGCAUUGUGUUUGUUUCUGGGGAGGCAAACAGGAACAUCUCUGAUCCCAAUCUUCAUGGAGCUUAUUCAAGCCAAUUGGACCCCUUGCUUCCAUGGCACGGCCUAUGGUCCAAUGUAGUUCCUAGAGUAUCACCAUUCUACACUGAUGUGCACUCAGCACACUUCAACUCCAUGUUUGAUGAUAAUGGUAAUAUUGCAUUUACUCAAAAUUGUGCUUUAUGGUAAUUUUGGCAGUUCAAAAAAAAUAAAUUCUAUUUUCCCCACUCCCAAAUUUGAAAAAUAAAAUUAUUUCAUAACCUUUA